UGAAUCAUUGGCUCUCAGUGUUUGGACUUUCCUCAUAUAUCCCAGUGGAGUCAAGAUUACAAAAAGGACGGCUUGUAUCUAGGUCUUAGUCAAAUUGUUUGUUCUUCUGUUAUUUUUCAGAAAACCAGGAAUUGAAAAAUCAUGGCUGCAAAGCCCAAACUUUAUUACUUCGAUGGAAGAGGCAGAAUGGAAUCAGUGCGCUGGCUCUUGGCAGCUGCUGGUGUGGAGUAUGAAGAACAGCUUUUUGAAACAGCUGAAGAAUUUGAGAAUUUAAUUAAGGGUGGGAAAUUAAUGUAUCAACGAGUGCCAAUGGUUGAAAUUGAUGGAAUGAAGAUGGUAGAAACCAGAGCCAUCCUAAGAUAUAUAGCUGCAAAAUACAACUUAUAUGGGAAGGACCUGAAGGAGCAAGUCCUUAUUGACAUGUAUGUGGAAGGAAUGAGAGAUCUCUACGACAUAAUUAUGUUCCUCCCAUUGUCUUUCCCUGAAGAGAAGGAAAAUCUCCGCUAUAUUCUCGAGAAAGCCACUGACAGAUUCCUGCCAGUGUAUGAGAAGGUAUUAAAAGACCAUGGAAAAAAUUACCUUGUUGGAAACCAGCUGAGCUGGGCAGAUAUACAUUUAUUUGAAUUAAUCUUAAUGAUUGAAGAAUGCAAAUCUGAUGUUCUCUUGACAUUCCCUAAACUACAGGAGUUCAAAGUCAGAGUCAGCAAACUUCCCAGGAUUCAGAAAUUCCUUCAGCCUGGCAGUCAAAGAAAGCCUCCAAUGGAUGCUGCAGGUCUUGAAGUUGCAAAGAACAUAUUCAAGUUUUCAAAAGGCAUGUUUCUUAAACAUGGGACUACCAUAAUAGCUGAAUUGUAGUCAGGUCCACCAAAAAACUAGGAUGUGCUCCUGCACCAUUCCUACAUUCAAUAGCUAGUAAAUAUGAUGCCUUCCUAUAGAGCUCGUUAUAAAUCAGAAAAUGUAAUUUUUACAUUACUUAUUUUAAGUCCCAGAGUUUGAAUUUUGAUUCCUUGUUUUCAAAUUCAACCCCUUUUCAACUAUUAUACUAUUUCCCCUUCAAUUAAUCUCUUUUUUUUCUGGAAAGUGGAAACUUUUGGAAUAAAACUGCAUGUCAUAUAAAAAGA